UCAUUAAUAACUGCAGUCAUUUGUUCACAAACUCAACUCAAUUAUAGAAAUCAUCUUCAAUUAACUCUUGCAAUAUUUUCAUUUUGAAUGGAUAAAAUUUAUGGAGCUUAGUAACUGCGUGUACAGAGCCUAAUGAAAAACCGGUCACAACAAAAAAUUUGCUUAAUGAAGUAUUAGGAUUUAUUCCAAAAUGACCCAAAACUCCAACGUGGCUGUACCGUAUCGCCGCAGCGAGGUACAGCACUCGCACGCUUCAGUCUCUCGGCCACCGUCGGCGCAGCGGAAUGUCCACGCGUUCACAGCUCCGUGCAGAGCUCUAUUCGGUUUAGCUACUUUUUUUUUAGUUGUUGUGUUCACUAUAGGGUUCUCGAUUGUCUCUCAUGGAAAUUAGGUCUACUUCCAACUCUUCUAAAGGAAACAAUAUACAUGUGCCGCAAACUAGGUGAGACUUGCGUACUCAUCUACUUGUGUGUUAGGGUUGACAUCCUAUGUUUUUUAAAUGAAUUGCGCACAUUGCAUACACUGAGAGAUUUGGCAAGAUCGUUUUUAUUUUUGUCUGAAUUUAUUUUAA